GAUACCACCAUCUUCGACGUCGCCCUCCACCACGACCGCCCACUGCGACAAACGCAUAGUCCACAACCUCUGUUUCUUCUGCGAACUUCAGCCUUUAUAACGUCACUUCCUUUCUCGAGCCUUGCCCUAGGUCUCCUCAGUUAUAAUCCGAGCGCUCUUUCAGUACGCUAGAACACCUACUCAGCAACUCAGCUGUCGCGACUAGGAGUCCACUCGCAGUGUAACAGAGUCGUUUGAAAGAACAUCAUGCAGGCAAUUAAAUGUGUCGUUGUUGGUGAUGGUGCUGUCGGAAAGACGUGUCUCCUCAUCUCAUAUACCACAAACGCUUUCCCAGGCGAAUAUAUCCCCACAGUGUUCGAUAACUACUCGGCUAAUGUCAUGGUUGAUGGCAAGACGAUCUCCCUCGGCUUGUGGGAUACGGCCGGUCAAGAGGAUUACGACCGUCUCCGGCCACUUUCAUACCCUCAGACAGACGUGUUCUUAAUCUGUUUCUCCCUCGUCAGCCCCCCAAGUUUCGAGAACGUAAAGACUAAGUGGUUCCCCGAAAUAUCGCACCACGCACCUCAAACUUCAGUCGUGCUCGUCGGUACUAAGCUCGAUCUCCGCGAAGAUCCCAACACCAUCGAGAAGCUCCGAGACCGUCGUAUGGCUCCUAUCCAGUACACACAGGGCGUUGGCAUGGCGAAGGACAUCGGAGCCGUCAAGUACUUGGAGUGUUCUGCUUUGACGCAAAAGGGCUUGAAGAACGUGUUCGACGAGGCCAUUCGUGCAGUCUUGAACCCUCCUGAGCGAAAGAGCAAGGACAAGAGCAAGGGAGGCAAAUGCAUCGUCGCAUGAGGUGGACGUGAUCUGUCUCCUAAUGCCAUAAAUUUACCCCCGCUUCCCCAUCCUGCUGCGCAUCCUAGCACCGAGUUGUGGCAUAUCAUACCAUCUAUCCCUUUGCUCGACGUUUUACGACCAUGACCCUCUACGGCCUUUUGUUGACGACACGCCCGGCCCCCGAUUUGCUCGUCAUGCCGAUGGCCAUUCGAAUAUUCUCUGUAGUGUCUUUUUCCAUUUCCUCUCACGUUGGAUUCCCUGAUCUUUCCCUUUUCCGCACAUACACUUUAGUUUGUUCUUCUCUUCGUCUAUACUCGUUUCCCUCGUCUCCUCUUCC